AUGUGCCAGGGUCAUGCAGGUGGCAGGGGGCUGUCCCAGGGCUUUGGGAAGGGGCUGUUGGUGUCCCCUGACUCAUUUGAGGGAGAUUUUUGGGACACCUUGCAGGACACUGCCAUCAGGUACAUGACCGACGGGUGCCUGCUGAGGCACAUCCUGGCUGACCCCCUGGCAAAAUUGUUUGGUUUGCUGAAGAAGCUGUUCCUGCAGGAGAAGCCAGCAGGCAGGAGGACAGACAUGAAGGUGGUGGUGAUGUCAGCCACCCUGGAGGUGGAGAAGCUCUCCGAGUUCUUUGGCCACUGCUCAGUGCUGCACAUUCCAGGCAGGAGUUACCCUGUCAAGGAGAUAUUCUGCAACCUGCUGAGCCCCAGGGAUGUGGGCAGCUCUGCCUAUGUCACAGAGGCUGUGAAGGUCGCCCUGGAUGUUCACUUAAAUGAACCAGAAGGUGACAUCCUGGUUUUCCUCACAGGGCAGAAUGAGAUAGAGAGAGCCUGUGAUGUGCUUUUCAGGAGAGCAGAGGCCAUCGAUUACCGCUACGAGGUGCACGACCGCGCUGUCGAGGGGCUCCUCAUCCUGCCCCUCUACGGCUCCAUGUCCACAGGUCAGAGCCCAAAGUUUCCCUAUUUGGACCCACCUGAGGAAAGACACAUUUUGGAAGCUCUGAAGGAACUUUACCAGUGCAAUGCUAUUGACAGGAGAGGCCAUGUGACCAGACUGGGAGAAUUCCUGGUGCAGUUUCCCCUCCCUCCCAACCUGUCCUGUGCUGUGAUCAAAGCUGCUUCCCUGGGCUGUGAGGAUCUGCUGCUGCCCAUUGCAGCCAUGCUGUCCGUGGAAAACGUCUUCAUCCGCCCAGGUGAUCCUCAGAAGCAGAAGGAGGCUGAGCUUCAGCACCAGGAACUUGCCUCACAAGUGGGGGGAUGCAAUGACUUUGCAACCCUCUUAAAUAUUUUUGAACAGUGCAAAGCAAGCAAGUCUCCUUCAGCCUGGUGCCAGAAAUACUGGAUCCAUUGGAGAGCUGUGAAAUCUGCUUUUAGUGUUGAAAGGCAGCUGCGGGAAAUAACCACUAAACUGAAACAGCUGCCAGACUUCCCUAAGGAGACAUUUGAAGGCUCCAGAACUGAAAUCCUGAGAAGAUGCCUGUGUGCAGGAUACUUCGUUAAUGUUGCUAGGAGAUCUGCAGCCAGGACAUUCUGCACCAUGGAUGGGCAUGGCAGCAUAGUCUACAUCCACCCUUCGUCCACACUGUACAACCAGGAGACCUUGCUGGAGUGGAUCAUCUUCCACGACGUGGCCGUCACCUCCAAGAUCUACGUGCGCACCGUGUGCCCCGUGCGCUACGAGUGGCUGCGGGAGCUGCUGCCCAGGCUGCACCAGGUGGAUGCCUACGAGCUCAGCAGCGUGGCCAGGGAGGAGGUGACUGAGGAGGAAAUAACCAAGUGGAAGCAGAGGGAGGAGCUCAAAAGGCUCUUUGGUAAGCACAGUGCUCAUCUCUCUCUCUGUGUGUGUGUGUGGUGGCUGAAUAGCUGA